AUGGCCGAUAAAGAUUUCGUCGAUGUGAAAGCUCUCUUGAGUCAACUGACUCUCGGUGAGAAGGUGGAACUCCUUGCUGGUCAAGGCUCGUUCCGCAUGACUGGCCUUGAGCAUCAUGGCAUUCCUGGUCUUAUUACUUCAGAUGGACCCCAUGGGAUUCGAGGCCGACGAUCAUUCACACGUAUGCCAAGUCCCAUGUUACCGUCUGCUACGGGAAUGGGCGCAACCUUCAACACUGAACUCAUUCACAAGAUUGGUAGUCUCUUAGGCGAAGAAGCCAAGUACCGCGGCGUUCAUGUACUGUUGGCGCCUACGCUUUGCCUACAGCGGUCGCCCUUGAUUGGCCGUGGUUUCGAGGCAUUUGGAGAGGACCCGUUUCUUAGUGGUACUCUGGGCGCGCACUACAUCAAUGGUGUUCAAGAACAAGGUGUUGGAACAAGUGUCAAGCACUAUGCAGCCCACGAUCAAUCCGACAACAGUAUUGAGGACAAUGUCAUCAUGACGGAAAGAACUCUCAGAGAGGUACAUAUGCUACCAUUCCAACUUGCACUUCGAGGUUCCGAUCCUUGGACGAUCAUGACUUCAUAUAACAAGAUCAACGGUGUUCACGUAAGCGAGGACCCUUUGUUGAUGAAGGAGAUUCUUCGCGAAGAGUGGGGAUACAACGGUCUCGUUAUGAGUGAUUGGUUUGGCACUUACAGUACAUCAGAAGCUAUCAACGCCGGCUUGGAUCUCGAGAUGCCCGGACCAACAGACUGGAGAGGAAAGCGUCUCAGUAUUGCCGUCAACUCCCGAAAGGUCUCCAAAGCAACAGUUGAUCAGUCUGUCGAGAAUGUCUUGAAUCUCGUCAACAAAGUCAAGGCUGGAGAGGUUUCUGGAAAGCCACCUCAGUCUGACACUCCGGAGCAGCGAGUCUUGAUUCGGCAGCUCGUUGCGGAAUCAAUCGUACUUCUGAAGAACGAAACGCAAAGAUUGCCCAUCAAGAAUCCCGAGAAGCUUAAGUAUGGACUUAUUGGAGAUCAUGUCAAGAACCCUUCACUAUGUGGGGGUGGAAGCGCUGAAGUUGAGCCUUAUUAUGGUAUUACUCCAUAUGAAGCCAUCAAGGAGGUAGUUGGGGAAGAGAACAUGACUUACACCCCGGGAUGUAACUCAUUCCGAUUCAGUCCGCUCAUCAAGGGUCAUAGAACCCCAGAUGGUAAGACUGAGGGUUGGCAUGUUGAAAUCUUUGGGGAGGACCCCGAGCAGAACAAGGACGCUGAGGCGAUUGUCUCGACUAUCGCAGAGAAGCAGCUGGUAGACGUGCCUGAAAGCUACCACUCAAGCAUUCCCACCAAAUACUAUGUCAAGGCUCAAGCCAAGUACACUAUCCAAGAAUCUGGAAGACUCAAGUUCGGUUUCAGUACUUCUGGCAAGGGUAAACUGAAGAUCAAUGGAAAGGAUAUCAUUGAUCUAUGGACGAGUCAGCCACCCAAAACGGAUUCGACACCAUGCUUCAACCGUCUUUCGAUGGAGCGAUUCUAUGAAGGAGAGUUUCAGAAGGGCCAAGUUCUUGACCUUCAAGUUAUCCAGGUCAAUGAGAACUUGUCAGGUGGUGUUGGUACCGCACUAACACUUACUGGACGUGUCGGUAUCUACGAGCUCUAUGAUGAGGAUCAAGGAAUCAAAGACGCUAUCGAGCUGGCCAAGAACGUAGAUGUCCCAAUUGUCAUCACGGGACUCUCAUCGGACUUUGAAUACGAAGGAAGCGACCGAAAGCACUUGAACUUGCCAGGACGGGUUGAUGAAUUGAUUCGGGCUGUUCUGGGAGCCAAUCCCAACGCUAUCAUUAUUACCCAAUCAGGACUCCCCAUAGAGAUGCCAUGGGAGACGGAAGCUUCGACACUGUUACAUGCUUGGUUUGGUGGCCAGGAAUGCGGUCACGGAAUGGCGGACGUUCUAUUCGGCAAAGUCAACCCAUCUGGACGGCUAUCUUUAACAUUCCCCAAGUCUAUCAGGCAUACUCCAGCUUACCUUACCUUUUCCAAGGCCGACUACGAUAUUGUGUACGGCGAGGGAGUCUUUAUUGGACAUCGAUACUACGAAAUGGUCGACCGAGAGCCUCUCUUCUACUUCGGCCACGGAUUGUCAUACACAAAAUUCGUUUACUCCAAUCUCACAGUCCCUAAGGAAUUCGAGUCCUCUGUUGACCACGAAAUGCGAGUCAGUGUCAAUAUUAAAAACCAAGGACCAUUUUCUGGAGCUGAGGUUGUACAGCUGUACAUCCACCAUGAUAACCCUUCCCUUCAGCGACCUAUUAGGGAGUUAAAGGCGUUCAACAAAGCAUAUCUGGAUGUAGAUGAAACAAAGACCGUUGAUCUGGUGUUAGACAAGUAUUCUUUGUCCUUCUGGUGUCAGGAAGCAUCCAAAUGGAAGGCUGAGGCUGGAACCUACACAGUUAUCCUUGCUUCAAGCUCGAAUCCCAAGGACGAGAUUGCGCGAGAAAGCUUUGUGCUUCCAGAGACCUUCUUUUGGAAGGGUCUGUAA